UCAAUGGCAUCUCUCUCUCUCUCUCCCCCCCAACAGUGACAAGGUUGUGGGAAACAAUUCCAAUUGGUAGGGCCCGACCCAUUUAUGUAUAUAUACCCAACACCCUUGGCCUCAAGAGUACUCAUCAACUCCUAAAGCUUCUCUUUCUUUCCCUAAGAAAACAAAACACAAACUAUUAGUAGUGGUACUUUGCUUUGCUCCCACCUUCUUUCUUCCUUUUUGUUUUCUUGUUUCUACCUUUAACUUUUGUAAUAUAGUUUUAUUUUAACUUUUGAUUGCUAGUUCCCUCUUUCCCGAACACCAAGAACUGUAAGCCAUGUGUAACCCAACACCAUCUUCCCCAUCCAAUUUGGUCAUUUCCAAGAAUACCCAUUUCAACACUCAUCGUAACAAUAAUAAUAAUAAUAAUAUUACUAACAAUGAUCCCCCCAAACUUCAUUCAUGGCCAACCCCUUCUGAGGCAUUGGAGGAAAUGAAAGCCAUUGGGAAGAUUUCAGGACCAACUGCCAUGACUGGUUUACUACUAUACUCAAGAGCUAUGAUCUCCAUGCUGUUUCUUGGUUAUCUUGGUGAACUUGAGCUCGCCGGGGGAUCUCUCGCUAUCGGAUUCGCCAACAUCACCGGUUAUUCCGUCCUCUCUGGCUUAGCUAUGGGCAUGGAGCCCAUUUGUUGUCAAGCCUAUGGUGCCAAACAGAUGAAAAUACUGGGGAUAACCCUACAAAGAACAGUGCUUUUGCUCCUGUCAACUUCUCUCCCAGUGUCUUUUAUGUGGUUCAACAUGAAGACUCUCUUGUUAUGGUGUGGACAAGAUGAAGAAAUCUCAUCUGCAGCUCACAUUUUCAUCGUUUUCGCCAUUCCGGACCUCUUCUUGCUCUCUCUUCUUCACCCUCUUCGUGUCUAUCUCCGGGCUCAAAACAUUAUCCUGCCUUUAACUUACUGUUCAGCAGUUUCAAUAUUUCUGCAUGUACCACUCAACUUUUUGCUCGUUGGGUAUUUGAAGAUGGGGAUUUCGGGGGUGUCAAUCGCCAUGGUUCUCACAAAUCUAAACCUUUUGUUCCUUGUGUUCUCGUUUGUUUACUUCUCUGGAGUUUACAGGGAUUCAUGGGUGGCACCCAGUGCUGACUGCCUCCGCGGAUGGUCCUCUCUCUUGGCGUAUGCCAUUCCGACAUGCGUCUCCGUGUGUCUCGAGUGGUGGUGGUAUGAGCUCAUGAUAAUGCUGUGCGGGUUACUAGCAAACCCUAAAGCCACCGUCGCUUCAAUGGGAAUUCUCAUCCAAACGACGUCGUUGGUGUAUGUUUUCCCUUCUGCAUUGAGCCUUGGGGUGUCCACUAGGGUUGGGAAUGAGCUGGGUGCAAACCGACCGGCCAAGGCUCGUAUCUCGAUGAUUAUUUCGCUUGUGUGCGCUGUGGUGUUAGGCCUUAUGGCAAUGCUGUUCACAACAUUGAUGAGGCACCAAUGGGGCAGGUUUUUCACCGACGACCCCGACAUUCUUGAACUCACUUCUGUAGCAUUGCCGAUAGCGGGGCUGUGUGAGCUUGGAAACUGCCCACAAACCACCGGUUGUGGGGCGUUGAGAGGCAGUGCAAGGCCCACCCUUGGAGCCAAUAUUAACUUGGGCUCAUUUUAUUUGGUUGGAAUGCCGGUUGCUGUUGUUAUGGCUUUCGUCUUGAAAAUGGGGUUUCCCGGGCUAUGGUUCGGGUUGCUUGCAGCUCAGGGAUCAUGUGCCUUGCUCAUGUUGUAUUUUCUCUCUAAGACAGAUUGGAUUGUUCAAGUGGACAGAGCUAAAGAGUUGACAAAAUCACCAACGCUGUUACCGGUGGUCUCAAUGGAACCUAAUCUUGAAGAUAUCACAGUAGUGUCUGAUGUUAUUAAGAAGAAUCCAGAUUGUGGUGGUUCACUUGAAACAGAUCCUCUUCUUAAGCAUUAAUUAAGCACUCGAUCGACUUCAUUUUACAUUCUUUUACCUCCGGUAUUAUAUGUGAAGAUUGUAUUUGACGACACUGAUUAAUUAAUUAAUUAGCCGCUAGCUAGUUUCUUUUAGUAGUUAUCUCUCUCCUAGUCUUGUCUUGGCUGUAUAUUGUUCUUCAGUCUGAUGCUUCUUCCUUUUUUUCCCUAUAUAAGAAUA